AUGUCAAAACAAACUAAACUUGGCGCGUUUUUCAAGCCAAAGACGGAUGGGACUACGGAUAUAAAUAACGCUCGGAGUUUCAAGACUAAUGGGAAAAGAGAAAGAGACAAAACAGAAGAUGAAGAAGAGGUCGACAGACUUAAAGUUAAGGCAAAAAGGCGAGCAACUAACACUAUAAAACAAGGAGAAGGAGAAGUUCAAAACAAAGAAGAAGAAAUCGAUCUAAAAAAUGAUGAAAAUGAAGAGAUCGAUAUAAAAAAUGAUGAAAUCGAUGCUGAGGAAAUAAAUGCAUUAGCUAAUAAUUUAGCAAAUCGAACAUCAACUAAAAUUUCAGAUAUAAGUUGGGAAGCAGGAAAACCUGUUCCUUAUGCUGCUCUUUGUAAAACCUUUGAAAAAAUCGAGGCAACCACAAAACGUCUUGAAAUACAAGAGCAUCUGACCACAUUUUUUGUACAAGUCAUUGAACUAAGUCCUGACAAUUUAUUAGAGUCUUUAUAUUUGUGUCUCAAUCGGAUUUGCCCUGAAUAUGAAAAUCUCGAGUUAGGUAUUGGUGAAUCUUUAUUGAUAAAAGCUAUAGCCGAAGCGACCGGACGAAAGACAUCAAAGGUGAAAGAAGAAUUGGCAAAAUGGGGUGAUCUAGGAAAAGUCGCUAAGGACAGCAAAAGUACUCAACCAACAUUAGUCAAACCGAAGCCUUUAACAAUUCCAGCGCUAUUUAGCAAAAUGAAAAGUAUCGCGAACACCAGUGGACAAGACUCUCAGGAAAGAAAGGUUCGGGACAUAAUGUUUUUGCUCACUGCAUGUCAAGGUGAUGAGGCGAAAUAUCUAAUAAGAUCUCUUGAAGGAAAGCUCCGUAUUGGACUAGCAGAACAGACGGUUUUGAUAUCACUGGCACAGUCAAUUGUGUUAAAAGAUCCAGGAUAUCAAAAGCUAUCCAAAACUUUAAAGGCAGAAGAAUUGACUACUGCUGCAGAAAUUGUCAAAUCUGUGUAUAGCGAGCUCCCCUCUUAUGAUAUAAUUGUUCCGACUUUGUUGAAAAUAGGAGUGAAAGGUCUUAGGGAAGCUUGUAAAUUGACGCCUGGUAUUCCAAUCAAACCAAUGUUAGCGCAUCCAACAAAGAGUAUUACUGAAGCUCUUGACAGAGUCGAGGGAAAAACGUUCACAUGCGAAUUUAAAUAUGAUGGUGAACGUGGACAGAUUCAUAUGUUAGAAGAUGGCACCUCAAAAAUGUACAGCAGAAAUUUGGAAGAUAGUUCUAUGAAGUUCCCAGAUGUUUUAGAGAUACUCUCCAGUAUCGUGAAACCUGGAACGAAAAGUUUUGUGCUUGACUGCGAAGUUGUAGCAUGGGAUCCGGUGAAAAACUGCCUUUUGCCCUUCCAAAUUUUGAGUACAAGAAAAAGAAAAGAUGUUAAAGAAUCAGAAAUAAAGGUUUGUGUGUGUCUCUACGCCUUUGAUUUGCUCUAUCUGAAUGGAGAGUCACUCCUUCAGAAACAUCUUGCUGAGCGGCGUGAACAUUUGUACAAUGCGUUUCAAGAAGUUGAAGGUAAAUUUUCAUUUGCGCGUCACAUGAAUGCCUCGAACGUUGAAGAAAUUCAGACGUUUCUUGAUGAAAGUGUCAAAGGAAGUUGUGAGGGGCUGAUGGUAAAAAUAUUAGAUGGCCCAGAAUCGAGCUAUGAACCUUCAAAACGUUCGAGAAAUUGGUUGAAGAUAAAAAAGGACUAUAUUAGUGGUGGUGUUGGGGAUUCUUUAGACCUUGUCGUUGUUGGUGCAUACUUAGGACGUGGAAAGCGUACCAGCGUGUAUGGCACGUUCCUUCUUGCUUGUUAUGAUCCAGAUAAUGAAGAAUAUCAAACAAUCUGUAAAAUUGGAACAGGAUUCUCUGAUGCAUCACUAGAAACACAUUUUAAAUUCCUUAAAGAACACGAAAUACCUGGACCCAAAAAGUAUUAUAAUUAUGAUAAAGGGACGAACCCAGAUGUUUGGUUUGAGCCUUGUCAGGUUUGGGAGGUAAAAACUGCAGAUCUUAGCAUUUCUCCUAUUUAUAAGGCCGCUUUAGGAAAGAUUGACCCAUCUAAAGGUGUAUCUUUACGUUUUCCGCGAUUUAUUCAAAUACGAGAAGAUAAAAAGCCAGAAGAUGCGACCACAAAUGAUCAGGUGGCUGAUAUGUACAGAUCUCAGUUCAAAAACGAAGAAUAG